AUGACACCUGCACCAAAAGCUUCAUUGGUGAAACGCUUGCGUUGCUUCCACAAUGUCUAUGUUUGGGCAUUUGAAGAUAGUCCAAUUGACAUUGAAAUGCUCAAGGCAGCAAACAAGGCGAUCGUCGUGGCAGGGAACGAAUCAACAAGAAGUGCCACUAUGGAUGACGCUUUGAGGGAAUCGAUUGGCCAUGAAGGAUUUGAACCUCGCCAGCUCCUCCUACCUUCGUGGGAUCAUGUGCAACCUCGCCUCACUUCCUUUAUGCGCUUGACAGAUGAGUCUUUCCUAAAUCCCGUUUUUGCCCGGCACAAUCGUCUCCACGUCUUCCAUGCUACAAAGCACAGUGGGCCCAAGAUAAUGAUGACAGCGAUGCAUGAUGCUACGAUUUCGGGCCCAGCGCUAAGACAGGCGCAUCACCGAGUGGGAUGGUAUCUCACAAUGAGAUUCUACACGGAGAUGGUCGGUACCGGACCAUAUUCGAUUACUCAUGUGCAGGAUUAG